GACCCCCGGUGACACCGGGAAGGGCGUCUCGAGCAGCAGGCAAGACGAACCUGGCUUACAUCACCGUUGCGCGUUGCUCGUGCUGCCAUAGAUCGGUAGGCAUCUCCUCCCUCCCUCAGCCUUUUGGAACAGCCUGUGUGUAUUCACUGCACUUAAUCAAGGAGCGCGCGAGGCAGGAGGCGGACGGAGGGCGUGAACUAAAGAGGAACGGAGAACGGGAAAACCACCAGAGCGCGGGACAGCACAGAGAGAGAAAGAGAUACCCAUCCAGAUACAUUUUAUUUUCUCUCUAAACCGCUCCUCAAUCACACUUUCUCCCGGCUUUCGGGACUGUCAGAUUCGACAUCGAGGGUUUAUUAUCAUUAAUCUGAUCCAAACCUGCAAACCUGCAAACCUGCGGGCUUUUUCCAAACUCCGAACCCUUUAGCCUUUCACCAGUGAUGUCCAAGGAACAACCGACCAAACCGGGGCUACGGGUGGUACACCAGAAGGCUAUGGCUUCACUAGGCAACAUGGAUUGCCUUGCUCGUUUCUCGCCGGAUUGUGCUCCAAUAGAAUGAAGCUGGUUUGGGUUAAACGCAGAGUGCAGAGAUGUCGGUGCCGUUGCUGAAGAUCGGCGUUGUGCUGAGCACCAUGGCGAUGAUCACGAACUGGAUGUCGCAGACUCUGCCCUCUCUAGUUGGGCUCAACACCACCAAGCUCACCGCGGAGAGGGCAGGCUACCCGGACAGGAGCACCGGAGUGUUGCCAGCGAACCCAGAGGAGUCAUGGCAGGUGUACAGUUCAGCCCAGGACAGUGAGGGGAGGUGUGUGUGCACUGUGGUGGCACCACAGCAGUCCAUGUGUUCACGAGACGCCCGCACCAAACAGCUGAGGCAGCUACUGGAGAAGGUCCAGAACAUGACCCAGUCCAUCCAGGUGCUGGACCAGCGGACCCAGAGAGACCUGCAGUACGUGGAGAAGAUGGAGGUGCAGCUGAGAGGUCUGGAGACCAAGUUCAGACAGGUGGAGGAGAACCACAAGCAGAACAUCGCCAAGCAAUACAAGGCCAUAAAAUCGAAAAUGGAGGAGAUUAGGCCGUUGAUACCAGUGUUGGAGGAGUACAAAGCCGAUGCCAAAUUGGUAUUGCAGUUUAAGGAGGAGGUCCAGAAUCUGACGUCAGUUCUAAGCGAGCUCCAGGAGGAGAUGGGAGCCUAUGACUACGAGGAACUCCACAACCGAGUGUCAGGUCUUGAGGAGAGACUCCGAGCAUGCAUGCAAAAAUUAGCGUGUGGGAAGUUGACGGGCAUCAGUGAUCCUGUCACCAUCAAGACGUCUGGAUCCCGGUUCGGAUCCUGGAUGACUGACCCUGCGGCACCAGAAGGAGAUACCAGGGUGUGGUACAUGGACGGUUACCACAACAACCGCUUCGUGCGGGAGUACAAGUCCAUGGCGGACUUCAUGACGACGGACAACUUCACGUCUCACCGCCUCCCCCACCCGUGGUCCGGGACGGGUCAGGUGGUCUACAACGGCUCCAUUUACUUCAACAAAUUUCAGAGUCACAUCAUCAUCAAGUUUGACUUCAAGACCUCCGCCAUUAGCAAGUCACGCCAGCUGGACAACGCCGGCUACAACAACAUGUAUCACUAUGCCUGGGGCGGCCACUCCGACAUCGACCUCAUGGUGGACGAGGGUGGGCUCUGGGCUGUCUAUGCCACCAAUCAGAACGCUGGAAACAUCGUCAUCAGCAAGCUCAACCCCAGCACGCUGCAGAUCAUCAAGAGCUGGACCACCAACCACCCCAAGAGGAGCGCUGGCGAAGCCUUCAUGAUCUGUGGUACUCUCUAUGUUACCAACGGUUACUCUGGAGGGACCAAGGUGUACUACGCCUACAGCACUAACUCCUCCACGUACGAGUACAUAGACAUCGCCUUCCAGAACAAGUACUCCCAUAUCUCCAUGCUUGACUACAACCCUCGGGACCGUGCGCUCUACGCAUGGAAUAAUGGACACCAGGUUCUGUACAAUGUCACACUGUUCCAUGUCAUCAGCUCACAGGAAUUGUAACCAUGGAGACAGUACUAUUUACAAUAUACUAUAUAGAGAAUAGAGAGAGAGAUCAUCCUAUAUUUAAAUAUACUGUAUAUCUAGAAGAGAAAGACUUUAUGGAAAGUGCAGCAUAUGUAGUAUGUCAUAUCAUAAGACUGUCUUUAGAGAGAUUACAUCAACCAUGACUGGAACUACAACGUGAAUUAAUGUGCACAUCGAUUGAAAUUAAAAAGAGAACUGUUUACUAAAAAGGAAGGGAACAUGAUACAUCUAGAGUUCAAAACUAUAUAUUGGACUGAAAAUAACAGAUGCCAAAAAAAUAUCACGCCUUUCUUUUUUAAAUAAUGGCUAGUAACCAUCAUGGAAGAUUGUCUCUGCGGCUCUGGGUCUGUCUCUGGAAGUACUGUCAGGAAGUACCUCCCUUGUCUCUCCUGGACUUUACUCUAUGGGGAUCAUUGGGGUCCUAGCAAAGGACUAUGGGAUUGGUUAUAAACUGUUUGCCAACCAGGACCCCCCAUUGGCCCCCGGACAGAGAGAGGGAGAACCUCGCCCUUCGGACAGAUAAGGGGUAAAAUUGGGAGAACUGGGACAUUAUUUGGAGAAUGGUGGGGUGAACCAGCAUAUGGUGUGCAGAAGACCACAGAGCCUACAACCACCGUCUGUCACACACACAAACACAUUCUAUCCCUUUUAUCCCUUCAGUAGCAAAUAAAGAAGUCUGUAAACAAGUUAACAACAACAUCAUCAACAUCCAUGAGAAGACCUGGGCCUGUGUUCACAAAGUGUCUCAGAGUAGGAAUACUGAUUUAGGAUCAGGUUCCCCCUCUUAUUCAUUAUGAUUUAAAGGGCAAAUCGGAUCCGAGAUCAGCACUCCUACCCUAAGACGAUUUUUGAAUACGCUCCCUGAAGGCACUGACUGUUGGGGCACACUGUUGUACUGUACGAGAAGUAGGUCGGUAUUCAAUCAAAGCUGUGUAAGUAGCGCGCUUGACAUUUUAAAGGGAAUUUCCAAUUGAGUCAAAUCAGCAGCAUUUUCAGUGAAUGCAAUCUCUGCAAACGCGGGAACAUUGGCAUUAAAAGCCGUGUUGUCAACUGCGCCACAGCGUGCCUCUUGGAUUGAAUCCCGGCCAAAGACUUUCCUGUUGUUUGUGACUCUGUGUAAAACAGCCUUGAUUUGCAUGAGUGUUUUUUUACCAUUCUGGUCUGCUACCUUCUGAAUGUCUUUUGCUAUAUGAUGCUGUACCUAUAAAAGAGAGGGAUGUGGGGGGGGGGUUGGUUGCAAAAAUGUUUGCUUUUUCACUUGUUUGUUUUUAGAACGUUUAUUUUUCCAGUCGGAGGCUUUUUUUAAUGUUCUUGUAUCACCCCCUUGCUGUUGGCACUGGCUUUGCUUCUCUGUCUAUGUUUAGUUGGACCGUGUGGGAGGAACCUAUCUCAUAUCCAGCUCAUUUCUUUCAGAAGAAUACAAAGCAAUAGAAUAUAUCAAGUAAUGUAUCCUGGAGACCUGGGUUCAGUCCUACGGCUCUUCUCUCUUCAACUGAAUUAUCAUCACCCUAUUCUGUUAACUAAAGUAUGCCUUUUAGUUGAGGGUAAUGCUGUUAAAUGUAUCUCUCCCUCCCACUCAGCUAGCAGAGGAUAAUGCUGUUUAAAUGUUUAAAAAACUUGCAGAGGACAAUGGCUUUUCACUCUUUUUGUGCUUUUGCUGGAUGUGUGUUGUACCUGAGAUGAGAUAGUUAAUGAUUUGUGUCAAUAAACAGAGAAUCUUUGUUCUAAUCUCA